AUGGUGCUGCUACAAGGGGCUGCCUCGCCGUUGCUCCUCCUCCUGCUGUUCGCCACGGCGGCCGCGGCGGCGCCCAUGGAGCUCUACUUCUCGCAGGCGGAGCUGGCGCGCAUUGCCGGGUACGGCGAGGAGCCGGUCUCGACGGUGCUGGUGUCCGGGCAGGUCGCGUGCCAGCUCUGCCUCCGGCCAGGCUCUGACCUUCUCACCUUCGACCUGCCAGCAGGUAGUAAGGUGGCAGUAACCUGCACAACUGAAGGUUGGAACACCAUGGCUAACUCUGCAUUUGCAACAACAAACGAGUACGGCAUUUUCUCUAUAGAGCUCCCGUCCCGGCUCCACGCUACACCAAGCCUGGAGAAUGCAUGCUCAGUCAAGGUGCUGGAGCUUCCGCCGGACUCCGCGUGCCGUGUCGGCGGCAGUCACGUGUCCUCUCACGGCCUCCGGCUAUCUUCAUCGGACGGCAGCGUCCGGACCUACACAGCAGGGGUCAUACGGCUGCAGCACGACGGCACACCAGCCAAUAAGUGCGUGCAGGAAGAGGACACGAGUGAUAGGAGAUGA